GGCGAAGCAAAAUGCGGCGCCCGAGAUCCGCGUCCUCGUGACACCAUGACCCAUACGACGCCGAUGCCGAACGCAUCUAUCAUCUAUGCUCCUCACGAGGCUACUUACACUAUCACACAGAUCGUUUUCAUCGGCACGAUAGCAAUCACGCUGGCGUUCAUAACCGUAGUGGGAAACGUCAUGGUAAUGGUCUCCUUUAAAAUCGACAAGCAAUUACAGACCAUUAGCAAUUACUUCUUAUUUUCUCUUGCCGUGGCUGAUUUUGCAAUAGGUCUCAUCUCCAUGCCAUUAUUUACAAUAUCAACAUUGUUGGGUUACUGGCCACUGGGACCUUUAAUCUGUGAUACAUGGUUGGCUUUAGAUUACUUGGCCAGCAACGCAUCAGUACUCAAUUUGCUCAUUAUUAGUUUUGAUCGGUAUUUUUCGGUUACAAGGCCACUUACUUAUCGCGCGAAACGAACUACUAGUAAAGCUGCUUUUAUGAUAGGUUGCGCUUGGGGAAUAAGUUUACUGCUUUGGCCACCUUGGAUAUACAGUUGGCCGUAUAUCGAAGGCGAACGGACGGUACCUGAUAAUGAAUGUUAUAUUCAGUUUAUUGAAACGAACCAUUACAUUACGUUUGGUACCGCCAUCGCUGCAUUCUACGUUCCGGUUACUGUUAUGAUUAUACUUUAUUGGCGAAUAUGGAGAGAAACGGAGAAACGGCAAAAAGAUCUACCGAAUUUACAAGCGGGAAAAAAAGAUAGCAGUAAAAGAAGCAAUUCGAGGUGAGAUGUGUGUGGAAUGAUGAAUUGUUGACAUAUACGCCGUUUGCAUGUAAACGGUAGCGAUACCCUUCGUUUCAUAUAAAGUGCUUGGAUGAAUUUUUAUGUAGCUGUUAUUUUGAUUUCGCAAUUAGCCUCUAUAGAUGUGUCUUGACUUGAUCCGAAUAUUUGGACUGAAGCUGCAGCCCAAACUAGAACCUUGCAUACGAUUUCACUAGUUACAUGGCAUCUGCAUGAAGCAUCAAGAAAUACUUUAAAAGUUAUUAAAAGUUGAAGGUCUCAAUGAUUCGAACUUUAUGGAUCUAUGUACUUGACACGCAAUAUGGAAUGCAUUAUGCAUUCCAUUCAUAGUGAAAUAUUCCCCGAUUCCGCAACUAAAUUUAAUAACCGAGCUCCUAUUGCCGGAUCUUCAGAUCAUUUAUAGUUUUGUAUCCGUCCGUGCGUCUGUGUGCGCUGUAACUCUUUUGGCCGAUCGUAUUGAAAUUUGGCAUACGGGUACAUUGAAUAUUAAUGUAGUGCGCUAUUGAUUUUCGGGAAACUGGCUCAACAAGAACAAAAGUUAUAGGAUUUCGAAUGAAUCGGGAACAGGAAAAACUGCAGUCUUAAACUCUCAAUAUAAUAGAAAUCAACAUAUUUAAUUUCCUAUAGAUCAUGUAUUGAGUUCGGAAUUUCGCUAGAUUAUUCUCAAUGACUCAAAUAUGUAACAAUUCUGGGUUCUAGGCAAAUUCAAAACAAUGGCAGCAUCGCUGGUAGAAAUUCUAGCCAAUGGUAACUGAAAAAAAAUGUAUGCUAUGAGACGGGUGUGCGCUAGUGCUCCAGCUUAACACGGGUUGCCUGUAGCUCUUAAUUUCCUGUAUAUGAUCAACUGGCGUCAGUUUUUAAAUCAAAUCAAUUGCACCUGGUAAAGCUUUAGAGCCAAAUCCUUGCGUAAAAUACGCUUGGUAUUUGUAGGUAUGCCCAAUUGCUGUACACGUCGUGAAAUUGGCAAAUUUGGGUCUUCAGCUAAACUUGCACUAACAGAUGAAAUUUAAUAUUUUCACUUGAACGCCUGCCACGUGGAUUUAACACUUGUAUUAUAUGCCAUCGUAUUUGGUUUCACACUCGAUUUCUUGUUCGAAAAGCGUGCACUUGGAACGAUCAUGCACCGGUAGGUGUUGCAAACAUACAAUUAGGUUCAAUUCGCAUUCUAAAACAGUUAGAGAAUAUUGUCACCACAAUAUGCCACUGUUUUCGGUAGUCCCUAAAAAAUAUGGUCUGUAGUGUUAGUCGAUCAGAUUUAGCUGGUAUUGUUAAUUACAAAUGAUUAAACAUUCGCACGAAACGUUUUCAGGUGUGCAGUGUAACGGGUAAUUACAAAACCAGGACUGACAAGCCCGCUUGUAUUAAUAAUUUUGGUUUCACGUUUAAAUCAUAUAAACAAAUAAUGGUAAUUUCUUAUAAAAUUAUGCCGUCGGCUAGCUCAAUAUAACGAAAAUCUUCUAUACCAAACAUUAAUUUGCAGGGGACUGGACUUCUCGCACCUUUGCGUUAGACAUUGCGCUAGACCAACUGGUAAAAAAUGCAGACAAAAAACUACAUUCCAAAAAAAUUCAAAUAAAUUUAAACAAAGGAACAUCUUGCGCUCAUGUACAGCUCAAUCAUACAUUUGGAAAAAAGCAUGGUAGACAUGGAUAAUAUUGUCACAAUGUCUUUUUCGAGUCACUAUAACUCACUAGCGACCACCGAUAUGCAAUAACCUAAUGCGAUUAAUCGGUUAAGUGAAUAAAAUUGGAAAGAUCUAAGUAAGCUAUAAUGUUUCAGGAAAGGUACCAAUGGUAAGAAGAAAGAUAAAAAGAAAAGAAAAACCCAACGAACUGAAAAUUAUUUAAAUAAUAAUAAAAAAAUAUUUCAAGUUUUUCUUCUGAAAUUAUACAUUAGGAAAAGGCGAUGAAAAACGAUUAUUUUCGUAGAAAUUCUCCAUGCGUGAUUUGGGCCAUACUUUGGACGGUCGUAUAUAAAGGAUGUUAUAAAUACAGUGCAGUUACUAUUAUGUUAACGGCAGUAUUUUUUAAAGAUCACCUAUCUCCCCUUAAUUAACUUUGCCAUCUUUAUAAGAGAGAGCUUUUAAUUUCGAAAACAGUGGCGACGAUUCUGAUCGAGACUUUGCGAAUCGAUUAUAUGGAAAAGUAAAUCCAUAAAGGAGAUGAUGGAUCAGAAACUUUUUGAUACAGCGUACAAAGUAUAUGCAAAAGGGGUUGUUCACAAAUAACACAACUUUUACUGGUUUCUUCCACUACCGUUGCUAAACGCUUCGCCAUUUCAGUUGUUUUGGGAAUCCUACAAAGCUAUUUCGGUAGCUUUCUGUCCCUUUCCGUCACCGUCUAGGUUUUUUAGACCUCUCUUGGCUUGUCUAGGUCUGAAAUGGUCUAGAAUGGCCUGAAAAACUUACACCAGCUCCAGAAAAAUUUAAAGAGGAGGAAACCACGACAAAGUUAUAAAAAAAAUCUCCCAAGAUUUUUAGUUCCUCUUCAAACGUUUCUAAAGAUUUUUGUUUCUUUCGAAACUACUCUAAGAUGUUUCUAGAACUCUCUUCGUUCGAUUGAUUCCGGAUAAAGUACUGCAGUUUCAGUCGUCUUGGAAACCUUUGCUAUCGUAUUAGAUACCUAUAGGCUAUAUUAGAUACUUUUUGAAAGGUUUAUUCGAAAUAUUCCUACAAACUUAUUAGGAGUAGUGAAAAUCCUUCUUGUAAAUAACCCCUAGUAAUGUUACUAACGCCGUAUAUGCCAAAAUAUCAAGUAUCCAAUCUUCAGUCUCUCCGUGAAAUCGCAUCAGAAAGCUUUGUGGAAGUUUUUGUAGUGCAAUAUUCGUACAAACAUUUUUAGAAUUUUUAGGAACACGUUCACGCAUCUUCUUAUAAAUCCCCAUUACAGAAAAUGCCUUUGAUUUCGUCUUCGUAAUAUCGUAGAAAUCUUGAAAACGACUUUGGGGAUUUUCUCAAAGAUAUUGUUGAGCAGCUUCUUUGAGGGAAUCUUAUUAGAAACAUUCUUAUCCAUCGCAUUAGAAGCUUUCUUGAUAAUGUUCCUAUCCUCUUAUAAGACUAUGUCAACCUCUUUCUUAAACAGUCUUCAAAAUCAUCUAUAGUGGCUAUUGAAAAUAGUCUCUCUUUAGGUCUGGUUAAAACCUCCUUAGUAACAUUCCUUGAAACUCGAAAGACAGAGCUGCUCAAUUCUUGUAAAACACAUUUUUUUAGAAACCUUUU